UGACAUGUUUUGUGCCGUAGACUGCUGUAACUGUACCUCCGCGAGCAGGAGGCCUUACUUUCACAUCUCAUGCCAAGCUAUUGUCGAGCCUCUGGGUCCACAGUUGACAUCUCUCCUACUGUUUUUGAAGGUUUGGUGCCAUCCAUAACAACCUCGAACAGAACAAACAAUGACACAUUCUGACUCAAGUUACCAUCACAUCUAUAUAUGGAUGCCUCUUGGAGUCCAGCAGUUCGGCCACGCAUCUCUACAUUUAAGUAAUGGCGAAUAUAUCAGUCUGUGGCCUAAAGAGGUCGGAGCUAAAUCUGGGCUAAAGAAGAAACGAAGAUUCAACUGCUGCCUUUAUGGAGAUAUUGCAGCAGAGGCCAUGACUCCUGACUAUAUGUAUAGGAUUUCGUCUACACAAUUAGACCUGGAUGAAAUGAUGAAGAGCUGGAAGAAACAAAAGGACAUACCUCUGUAUUCCCUUCUGCGUCAGAACUGUUGCAGGGUAGUGUACAAUGUCCUCCGUGCAGGUGGAGCCCCAAAGAGUCUUACAAUUGUUUGGAGACCAGAAACAUUACGGAGAUAUUUGGUCAUUUACCUGGGAGGUGGAUCAAGCUUAAAGACUCUGCUCAACAUGCCAGGUUGGGAUUCCCCUUUGAAAGAGAAAAUAAAGAUGUACACAUGGGAAGCUAAGGAUGGAAACGAAAGACACUUUGCACUAUCUCUGGAUGAGUCAGUGUACGUAAGUUGGUGGCCCCGUACCUCUCGGGCAGCAGGGCAUGCAGCAGAAAGCUUAAUGGAUGAUCGAUCAACGAUUGGACGAGUGGAGGAUAAGACCUAUAACUUUCCUGACAACGGGAUGGAGUACCACCUGAUGAGGAGACGUUGGAAGCAAAUGUUGGAACAUGAAACAUCUAACAUGUGGGAAACUUCCUCGGACUGGGUGGUGUAUUGGAUUCUGGAGGCGGGUGGCAUUUUUGUUCAUCAAUUAGAGAACAUAAUGAAGGAAUAUGGAAUGUUUGAAACCCGCAGGAGAAAGUUAUCAUUCCAGUAUAAGGAUUAUAAGGAGGGAUGUCGCCGGCUGGAUGUAUCACAGCUAUAUAAAGCGAAUUUGUUCGGAUUUUCAGUUAUGUGAAACAUUGUUUCUUCACAGAAUGUUUGAAACCUUGAGAAGAGAAUGAUGACAGAGAAAAUAUCUACUGAAAUCUGGGAGAAACAAUGUUUGCGUUCAGAUACCUACCGCAUACCCAUAUGCUCUAUGAUACUGUGUCAGCCUUGGCAUUUGAGUGAUGCUGAUUAUCAGAUCAUUCUCAUGCAUUGAGAUGCAUUUAAAUAUACAACUAAGUAAGAUCUUUCAAGCUUACUGGACAAUGGAUCAAGUUCUGCAGUCCAGAUACUUUCCGAAGGUAUUACUUGGUUUGCUUCGAUGGUGGAUACAGCAUUAAAACAUAGCUGAACAGGGAUGAUGUUGGAAGCAAUUGUUGGCGAAGGAUACUAUAUGGAAGAUAUGUCCAAGGUGGUGUAUGGGUCAUGUCGUGGUUUUGGUUGACGAAGUGCUAAAAGUCUCAACUGACGUCGACGCCUUUGGAGAAGAAGCCAUUUCUUUUGUCCUAAUUAGAGAAAGUAAUGUGUGAUACCUUCAGGAGAGAAAGAUGUGGGAGAGAAUAUCAGUAAUGAGGUUUGAUGUCUCCGACUAUAUAUAUCAGGGAUAUAUAAAUCCUUCUGACUGCAGGCAGUAGAUCGGAUUUCCAAUUAUGUGAAACAGUGUUUGAAACCUUGAGCAGAGAAGAGUGACAGGGGGAACAUGUACUGAAAUUAAUCUACUGAACUCAAGUUUCAGAAACAAUAUCUGCGCACAGAACGUUGCUACAUACACACAUUCUGUAUGAACCAGUCCAAUGGCUCUUUUUUUGGUGGUUAUUGUUAUCCUCAUGGAUUUAUUUAGAACCUGCACAAAUAUACGAAAACAUACGAUGUGAUAAAAAUUUGCUUGGUUGUGUGUGCACAUUCAGUUGUACGACCGUUUGGAGACCAGACGCAGUGAUUCUAGGAAUUCACAAGUAUCAACACUCAGGAAAGAGUCGGACAUAAUCGGCUCCGGAACCCCUAAAAUAUUAUAGUUAUAUAUAUUGGGUUUACUAUACUAGCCACAUAAAGAAACUCUGCACACAGAAUAUUCCUUCAGAAUUUGAAUACAACACAGAAAAGACGAAAUGAAGUAGUCACUUUAUAGGUUGAAGUAUCGGACCACCACAAAAUGUCAAAAGAACAUGAGCAAUAUCCGUAACGAUGACGUCAGAAGUUCAAAAUCGAGUAGGGGGUCACACGACGAAGUCACAAAGUCAAUAACGGGUAUGACCACCAUGUGCGUCAAGCACAGCAGUGCAUCGACGAUGAAUAGAGGCUACUGAAUGAGCAUUAGAGGCCUGAUGAAUGGUCUUGGACGUGGUCACUGCCGUCUUGAACCUGUGUCUGAGAAGAGUCACCCGAAUCCAUCUGUCCUGUCUUGGCGU